AACCAACCUUUGAAUUCAACAAUGGCAGAAACAAUCCUUCUUCCCUGGGCGAAGAUCCCACCGCCAAGAUGACGUGGGACCAAUCUACGUCGUAUUUGCCUUAUUUUAGUGAUCCAUGGGGAAGCCCACCGGGAAAAAAAAGGAUCAUGAAAGCCCGAAGGCAAACGGCAACAACAAACCAAUGGAACGCGCGUCGUCCAAGGCCUUCGACGACGACACCGCGAUGUUCAUAAACAUGUCGCACGAGCUGAAAGAAGAAGGAAAUAAACUGUUUCAAAAGAAGGAUCACGAAGCUGCCAUGUUGAAGUACGAAAAAGCCCUCAAGCUUCUUCCAAAGAAUCACAUCGACGUCGCGCAUCUUCACACCAACAUGGCCGUGUGCUACAUGCAGCUUGGCCUCGGCGAGUACCCACGCGCCAUCAACGAGUGUAAUUUGGCGUUGCAGGUCUCGCCUAGAUAUAGCAAGGCUUUGUUGAAGAGGGCUAAGUGUUAUGAAGCGUUGAAUCGGUUGGAUUUGGCCAUGAGGGACGUGCGCGUGGUGUUGAAUGCGGAGCCCAAUAAUUUAACGGCUUUGGAGGUUUUGGAUAGUUUGAGGAACACAAUGGAUGAGAAAGGGAUAGUUGUUGAUGAGACUCAGAUUGCAUUGGCCGCCCUGCAGCAGCAGCAGCAGCAGCAGCACGAGCCGCCGGCCGCCCGGUUGCGGAAGGUGGUGAGGGAGAAGAUUAAGAAGAAUAAGGGACAUAAGGGAGAAGAGGAAGAAGGGAAAAGAGUGGUUGUUGAGGACAAGGUGAAGGUUGAGAGUGUUAAGAAGAUGGAUAGUUGUAAUAAUAAUCAUAAGGUUAAGGACAAGGACAAGGAUAAGGAUAAAGAUAAAGGUAAGGGAUUUAAGGGUAAGGAUAAGGAGAAGAGGGAGGUCGUUGAGAAUGAGAAACUUGGGAAGCAAGAAAAGGCAGUUACGAGGACAGUGAAGUUGAUAUAUGGAGAGGAUAUUAGGUGGGCGCAAUUGCCAGUGAAUUGUAGUAUGAAGAUGGUGACGGAUGUGAUUAAGGAUAAGUUUCCAGGGUUGAAGGGUGUUCUUGUUAAGUAUAGGGAUAGGGAAGGUGAUUUGGUUACUAUUACUACUACUGCUGAAUUGAGGUUGGCUGAAACUUGUCAUGUGCUGGGAUCGAUUCGGCUUUAUGUCACACAGGUUGAGCCGGAUCAAGAACCUUGUUAUGAUGAAAAGGGUAGUGAUGGUGGGGUAAGGAAGGAUGGAGGGAGGCUGAUUGACAAUGGAGGUGCUGAUGGAGGCAGGGGUGUGGGUAAUGGGAUGACUACUGUGGAGGACUGGCUUGUUCAGUUUGCUAGGCUGUUCAAGAACCAUGUUGGGUUUGAUUCUGAUGUGUAUUUGGAUAUUCAUGAGGUUGGGAUGAAGCUGUAUUCAGAGGCAAUGGAGGAUACAGUGACGAGUGAGGGUGCUCAAGAGCUGUUUGAGAUUGCUGCAGAUAGGUUUCAAGAGAUGGCAGCUCUGGCGUUGUUUAAUUGGGGAAGUGUUCACAUGUCCAAGGCAAGGAAAUGGGUGUCCUUUCCAGAGGACGGGUUGAGAGAAUCUUCGUUUGAGCAUAUCAAGGCGGCAUAUGAGUGGGCUCAGAAGGAGUACAUGAAUGCAGAGAUGAGAUUUGAAGAAGCUGUGAGAAUUAAGCCCAACUUUUAUGAAGGACUUCUUGCUCUUGGGUAUCAGCAGUUUGAGCAAGCAAAGCUCACUUGGUGUUAUUUAAUUGCAAACAAUAAGGAUUUAGAAGUUGGUCAUUUUGAUGAGGUUCUACAGCUAUAUAACAAGGCAGAGGAUAGCAUGGAGAAAGGCAUGUUGAUGUGGGAGGAGAUUGAGGAGCAGCGUUUGAAUGGAAUAUCCAAAUCAGAUAAAUAUAAAGAGCAGUUAGAGAAAAUGGGUUUGCAUGGUCUUUUCAGGGAUGUUUCUGCUGAUGAAGCUGAAGAGCAGGCUGCAAGGAUGAGGUUGCAAAUAUAUCUUUCAUGGGGCACCUUAUUGUAUGAGCGUUCUGUUGUGGAAUAUAAGCUAGGCCUGCCAACUUGGGAGGAAUGUUUGGAGGUUGCAGUUGAAAAGUUUGAACUAGCUGGAGCUUCUCCAACUGACAUUGGUGUCAUGAUAAAGAACCAUUGUUCUAAUGAAACAGCCAUGGAAGGGUUCAAAAUUGAUGAGAUAGUGCAAGCGUGGAAUGAGAUGUAUGAUGGGUGGCAGUUUGAUGUUCCAUCAUUUCGACUUGAACCAUUGUUUCGUCGGCGUGCUCCAAAAUUCCAUUACAUCCUGGAGCAAUUUUGAGUCUUCUUGUUGUGUUUGUUAUUCUUUAUAGAGGCAAAACUAGUGCUUCUAUUUUCUUUAUAGAUUUUUGAAGGCUUCUUCAUUCUAUUCCUAGACAGGUAAGUAAGACUAUACUUCUACUAUAGCUUUGUUUGCAUGUUCCUAUUGAACAUCUUCCAAAUUUUCUGGAAAAUUUAGGGAGAUUUGAUAGAAUCUUAGUUUUUUAUAAGCUUAUACCUUAAAUUGAAAUUUUGGUUUCAUGAACAACAGAAGGUUAUGCCAGGUGGUUUCUGUUGUUAAAAAUAGAGGGUAUCUUUCUGGAAUCACUCAUGAGAGGAAUAGAGAGAAUGAAAGGGAAUCCCAGUGCUUAAUCUCGAAGUUCAGUGCUUACUGUCCUGAUUUAUGUAUUUAGACUUCUAAUAGAGAUCGAAAGGGAAUCCCAGUGCACUAGACUCCCAGCCGGUAGAGUCUAAGGAGGGUAGAUGUACACUACACAGCCUUAUCCUCAUAAGCAGAGAGGCUGUUUCCAGUAUAUGGACCCCUGCCCUUUUUGGGUCACAAGGCAGCAGCAACCUUACUACUGUGCCAAGUCUUGCCCUCAAUUCUAAUAGAUAGAUUAUUUUUACUCAUGGUAGGAAAGAUAGUAAGAAUUUCCGAAACUUCUAUUUAUAUAACUGUAGGUGUAUGUGCCUGACCUAUGUCCUAGAUUACUGUAUAAUCAAUUGACAAAUAAUAGCUGCAUGUUUCAUGGAAUCACAAUUUGAUGCUGAUGUCUUCAGUAGAUGUUUCUAUGGUUAGAUAGACAAGAGGUUAUUGAUUAGCCUUUAGACUAGUUAGGUUGCUAAGGUAAUCUCACUUAUAUUUCUGGUAAAAGGAUUACCACGUUAAAUUUGUGUUGAUUUUUUGGUGAGAUUUUGUGAACAAUAGGUCUUAUUGAUUUGGAACAUAUUACAUUGAACCUGCUCUUUGGGGAAUGGUAUCAGUCUCCUUUGCAAAAUAUUUUGGGGAACGAAUGACAUUGUCGAUGGGAUUUGAUAUGUUGUCCCCAAUCCCCAUAUGAAAUAGAAAUAGAGAAUAUCAAUCACAUACAACAAGAGGACAGCAGAAAGCAGAAAGGAAAGAAGGGGAGAAAAGAAAACAACAAAAACCUAGUGGAUUUUAUAUGAUGAGGCUUUGAAUUUAUAAUGGGAUUGAUGAAACUGAUGAUUUGAAUUACUGUUACUGGUAUUAUGAUUCUAUAUGUUCAUUGUUGGGUUAAUAAAUUAUCAGGUUGACUAAUUAGUAACUUUAGAGAGCAAUUUUUUACCUUGUCUUCCUUUAGUAUUUGUUCAAUGUUUCAGUCUUCAACUUCUACUGUUCAAUCUUAUUUCAAUUUUUUUGCUCUACUUUUUAACCAAGUUGUAAGUUUUUAUCAAUGAUGACAUAUAUGUGAUUGGCCUGAAACUCUGAGUGGAUUUAUUUGCCUUGUGGUUGCAGGGAUUUUUUCUCCAUACUGUAUACUCAUUGAUGGGUGCAACGAUUGUGUUAUUCUUUUGGAUUGCAGUUUUGUACGUGGUUGGGGUCUUAGGCUAGAAAGCCUAGCUAUACUAUUUUGUUUUCUAUUAGAGGGGGAGUGCCGUGAGGCUGUUAUUCUUUACAGAUGUAAUAUCAGUAUAUGAUUCCUUUUGAUGUUUUGAGGUAGUGAGUGUUUGAUUUGAUUUGUUCAGCUUGAAAAACCAAUAAAAAAAUUCAGCUUUCAGGUUAGCUGGGAUUUGAUGAUUAUUUUUGUCAAAUUGUCACUUGUAACAUUAUACGGGUGUUGCAUAGCACAGUACAAAUUUUUUAUAACAUAUUCUCUCGAGUGUCUUAU